AUGCCUCAAAUUAAGUCAUUUAAAACUUCAUUGUUAUUUUUCAAGCCUAUAGAAGUGAAUCUAUUCGCUUAUAUUCAUCAAAUACAAAUAACACCAGUUGAUCUCGUUUCUCUAUCACUAACAAUCAAAGCCCCCGGUCAAGAACUAACGAAUAAUCAUUUUAAACUAUUUCUUACUCCAUUUCGACGUUUGCAACAAUUAGAAUUAAUCAUUGAAACUUAUUUAGAUCAUGAAUUUUUUAAUGCUAAUCAUUGGGAAAAAAUUAUUGUCGAACAUUUACCAAAAUUAAUCAUUUUGAAUUUUGAAUUUCCUGCAAGUUCUAUCGAACGAGAAAUAAUUGAUCGAUUUCGUUCUCCAUUUUGGUUGAAUAAACAUUGGUUUGUUGCUUUUGAUUCACGGAGAAAAAAAUUAUUUACCGUACCUCAUUUCAUUUCAACUCAAACGAAUAAUUCAAUUACUUCGGUGUCAUCAGAUUGGACAACAUUACCUCUUGAACAACAAAAUAUUUUUUAUGAUCUUGUUAAUCAAUUAGGAUAUGAAUCAGAUCAAUCGGAAUAUCCAUAUCGUUAUUAUCAUGUGAAAGAACUCAUUUUCGAUGAUCCUUAUAUGUAUGAUAAUAUUGUUGAUAUAUCCAAAGUAGAAUCAUUAAUUAUCAAUACAUCGGAUUGGCCAUUGGACAAAAUUGUAAUAUUGAUUAAAACAGAAAUGCCUUGUGUCAAUUAUCUUCGUCUCAAUUGUACUCAAGCGAAUUUACAAGACAAAUAUUUCCCUGAUAUUUCAUUAUCACAAAUUCGACGAUUGUCUUUACCUCAAUUUGGUCGACACGAAGAAAAAAUUCAAUUCAAUUGGUCAAAAGUUUUUCCAUGUGUAGAACGAUUAACUGCUUCGAUUAAUUCGAAAAAACAAAUUGUUUUUUUAAUCGAUCAUUUCAAAAAUAUGAUCAACGGUUUCUUUGUUCUUGAUGAAUAUCACUUUGACAAGUAUGAUAAAAUCAAAAUAACACGUCAAUGGUUGAAGAAACAUAGUUGUCGUUUAAAAAGCAAAAAAGGAAAUGAUUUUAUAUGCGAAAUUAACGAUAAAUAUAAUUUUUCAUUGUGUUUAUGGAUGAGUGAAAAUGAUGAAAUAAAUAAAUAA